UGUGAGUUCAGUGUACAGUAUUUUAAGAGACGGGUCCGGAGGGGAGGGGUGAAGUCAGGAACUGUUCUGCAGUAGGCUACGCUACAGCUCACGUUAUCUGCAGCUACGGAACUGCACCUCCCGGACCACACUUUAAAUAACUGUAAUUUCUAGUAUAGGCCUGCACGACUGUUUUUUUCGCGACUACAACCCCGCCUGCAAAGUGUUUUCUCGCCUACCUUUUUAGAUCUUGCAUCGAGCGUAGGCUACUGUGACAGGCGGAAUCGAGAGGGCCAUGGCCUUCCUAGGGAGCGCAGUUCGCCGUGUGGUGUCGACAGUGUGGCCUCCUGUCUCUCCCUUGUGCCGGACAACCGCUCGGUCCUACAGCUCAGAGCCCACCAAGGAAAAAAGUGUCCCCUAUGAGAAGACACUCAAACAGGAGGGUGGAGUCUCCUCUGGACCCACUAAACCUUUACCCAGGUCAGCGGAUGUGGUGGUGAUCGGAGGAGGCAGUCUGGGCUGUCAGACCAUCUACCACCUGGCUAAAAUGGGGAUGACCAACGUAGUUCUGCUGGAGAGAGACAGACUGACUGCUGGCACCACCUGGCACACUGCAGGGCUGCUGUGGCAGCUCCGUCCCAGUGAUGUUGAGGUAGAGCUCUUGGCUCACACCAGGAAUGUGAUCAGCAAAGACCUGGAGGAGGAAACGGGUCUCCACACAGGCUGGAUCCAAAAUGGAGGACUCUUUAUUGCCUCCAACAAGCAAAGGCUGGAUGAGUACAAGCGCCUCAUGUCGCUGGGUAAAGUUUAUGGUAUUGAGUCCCAUGUGUUGUCACCUGCGGAGACCAAGGACCUGUAUCCUCUGAUGAACACUGAUGAUCUGUAUGGGACCCUGUAUGUACCAAAGGAUGGCACCAUGGACCCAGCAGGCACCUGCACCACCCUGACCAGAGCUGCCUCCGCCAGGGGAGCCACGGUGAUUGAGAACUGCCCUGUGACUGGAAUCCAAGUGCGGACAGAUGAACUUGGUACGAAGAAGGUAAAAGCAGUGGAGACCCCUCAUGGGACCAUUGAGACUUCUUGUGUGGUGAACUGCGCAGGUGUGUGGGCCGCCAAGCUGGGGGAAAUGGCCGGAGUCAAGGUGCCUCUUAUUGCGAUGCAUCAUGCAUAUGUGGUGACAGAGAGAAUUGAAGGCAUACAGAACAUGCCAAAUGUCAGGGACCAUGAUGCAUCAGUAUACCUGCGCCUACAAGGUGAUGCUCUGUCUGUGGGUGGUUAUGAACACAAUCCCAUCUUCUGGGAUGAGGUGUCUGAUAAGUUUGCCUUCAGCCUGUUUGACUUGGACUGGGAUGUAUUCAUGCAACAUAUUGAGGGUGCAAUCAACAGAGUUCCUUGUCUGGAGCAGACUGGCAUUAAGUCCACUGUCUGUGGACCAGAAUCAUUCACAGCAGACCACAAGCCGCUGAUGGGAGAAGCCCCAGAGGUCAGAGGUUUCUUCCUGGGCUGUGGCUUCAACAGUGCUGGUAUGAUGCUGGGAGGUGGUUGUGGUAGAGAGCUGGCUCACUGGAUCAUACAUGGCCGCCCUGAAAAGGAUAUGUAUGGAUACGACAUCAGGCGUUUCCAUAACUCGCUGACAGACAACCAACGCUGGAUCAGAGAGAGGAGCCACGAGUCGUAUGCUAAAAACUACUCUGUGGUGUUCCCCUUUGAUGAGCCUCUGGCCAGCCGAAACAUGAGGAAGGACCCUUUCCAUCAGGUGCUGAUGGAGCAGGGCUGUGUGUUCCAGGAGAGACAUGGAUGGGAAAGACCUGGCUGGUUCAACAAAGACAAGCCCGCUCCUGUUAAAGACUAUGAUUACUAUGGUGCUUAUGACAUUAAGAAGAAUGUGAACUACAAAUACAACGAAUUGCUGGGCAAAGAGUACACCUUCGACUUCCCUCCGCAUCAUGACGUGAUUAAGAGCGAGUGCCUUUCAUGUAGACACGGUGUGGCCGUGUUUAACAUGUCCUACUUUGGAAAGUUCUAUCUCACUGGACCAGAUGCCAAGAAGGCGGCUGAUUGGCUGUUCACUGCUGAUGUCAACAAGAAGCCAGGCUCCACUGUGUAUACCUGCAUGCUGAAUAAGAGAGGAGGGGCGGAGGCUGACCUGACAGUGAGCAGACUGGAGCAUGGUGCUGCCAACCUGCCCCUGGCACCAGAGUUCAAUGGUGAUGCAUACUAUCUGGCCAUCGGAGGUGGUGUAGCAGAACACAACUGGAACCAUAUUAAAACGGUACUUCAGGACCAAGGCUUCCGCUGCCAGCUGACAGACCACUCUGAGGACAUGGGGAUGAUCAGCAUCCAGGGACCCAAGAGUCGAGAGGUUCUUCAGGAAGUGUUGGACACAGACCUGAGCAACGAAGCUUUCCCAUUCUCUACCCACAAAGUUGUCAACGCAGCAGGGCAUCAGGUGCGAGCUAUGCGUCUGUCAUUUGUCGGAGAGCUCGGCUGGGAGCUGCACAUUCCCAAAGACUCUUGCCUUCCAGUCUACCAUGCUGUCAUGGCUGCUGGUGCAAAGCACGGCAUCACCAACUCCGGCUACAGGGCCAUCGACUCACUCAGCAUAGAGAAAGGGUACAGACAUUGGCACGCUGACCUUCGCCCAGAUGACACACCUCUGGAGGCGGGGCUAGCCUUCACCUGCAAACUGAAGAGUUCCAUCCCGUUCCAGGGCCGUGAUAGGCUGGAGAAACAGAAAGAGGAGGGGCUGAGGAGGCGCAUCAUCUGCUUCACCAUUGAUGAGAAAGUACCGAUGUUCGGUCUGGAGGCCAUUUUCCGUAACGGCGUUCCCGUUGGUCACCUGCGGCGUUCUGACUAUGGCUUCUUUAUCGACAAAACUAUUGGCUAUGGAUAUAUCCGCAGCCCUGAUGGGGGAGUGGUGAGUGCUGAUUUCAUACAGAGCGGCAAGUUUACCCUGGAGAGGAUGGGAGUGACGUACAAGGCCAAGGCCCACCUCAAAUCUCCGUUUGACCCUGAGAAUAAACGUGUCAAGGGCAUCUAUGCUUGAGAAGUACUGCAAAUGUAAAAAACCUGAGCAAUAACACUCUUGGUUGGAGAAUGAGGCUGAGAGAGGUGCAACAGUUUUUUUUUUUUACAUGCAGGUGCAGCUGUUUUAGUGUUUAAUAAAUGUCAAAUGUUGAUUGAAUGUUGUUUUUAUACCUGCUCUGGGUUUGAGCAACAGCGUUCAAUAUGAAGACAAAUUCAAGAGUUGUGUUAUCUCCACUAAUCAAAUUUUUUUUUUUUACCCGUACAACUGGGUCAACUGAAUGUAAAAAUUAAUUUUUGAUCAUGGAUUUAUCUUAAGGACUCAAAUAGCAGCACAUGAUCCAUUUUUAAUUUUAGAAAUAGGAACUAAACCGAACAAUCUUUGUGUCCAUCAACAUUCAUACAGGCUAAUUCAGAAUAGUGCCUUAAUCUGUAACUACUUAAUGUCACUGGACAUUUCAAGUGGCAAGGUUGCAUGUAUGAUUUUUUGGCCAUGGAGUACUGUAUCAGGGAAUGGAAGUAUUAUCAAACUACUAGCCCUUCAGGCAGUUUGACUCAGAUUACAGUGACUGAUGUUUGUACUGAUGAUGAUAAUGUCUAAAAACAGAGUUUUACUCGCUUGUAUGGUAUCUAAAUCUUAGGCAGACAUCCUGAGUGUUUAUCAGAGUUGCAGGGAAAGGGAGAAAAAACACCCUGAGGCACAGUGCACCAGCUGGGGACAUAACACUGCUGGAGAAAAAUGACAGAAAAAGACAAGAGUUAUCAGAAAGCAGCUGUUACAGCAAUGCUUUGUUUUCUGAUCUGUCCCCUGGUUGCUUUGCUCUGCGGUGAUAAACUUCUGUUGCUGCUAUCGGCAAACUCAGUUCUCUGUUUUUUUGUAAUAAAUACAUUAUGAUUUAAUAUGGCUAUCUAUCAAUUCAGGCAUCCUUAGGAGUUCUCAUUUUGUCUUGUUUUGCUGUUAAAUCAAACUCAACACAUUGUGCAUCUGCUUCACGUUCAAGCCCUCCCAGCAGUUCAUGGGGCAUACUCGCUUCUUGAGUACUUUUUCUGUGAAGCAUCAGCAGCAUAUUUAAAACCGUCUUAGUCCCUUUAAUUACUAAUUAGUACUUAAAAUUCAAAACAUGAAGUUAGUACAGUGAGAAUAACUGGACUUUAGUGUAGGACUUGUGUGAUUAAUAUGUAAAUGACCCUGAAUCAAGUGUGUGUGUGUGUGUGUGUGUGUGUGUGUGU